CAGCUCGGGCGCGGGGCUUCUAACCACGUAGCAGGCUUCUAUCACCGGCUUGCCAGUCGUAGCCCAACGGACAGGAGGGAACAUGGGGGCCCUGGCAGCUAGGCGCUGUGUCGAGUGGCUCUUGGGCCUCUACUUCGUCUCGCACAUCCCCAUCACGCUGUUCAUCGACCUGCAGGCGGUGCUGCCGCCCGAACUAUACCCGCAGGAGUUCAGCAACCUGUUGCGGUGGUACUCAAAGGAGUUCAAAGACCCUCUGAUGCAGGAGCCCCCAGUGUGGUUCAAGUCCUUCCUGCUCUGUGAGCUUGUGUUCCAGCUGCCUUUCUUUCCCAUUGCGGCAUAUGCCUUCUUCAAAGGAAGCUGCCGGUGGAUCCGAAUCCCUGCAAUCAUCUAUGCAGCUCACACCAUAACGACUUUAAUUCCAAUCCUCUACACACUCCUGUUUGAGGAUUUCUCUAAAGCCGUUGCUUUCAAGGGACAAAGACCCGAGAGUUUCCGUGAACGACUGACCCUCGUAGGUGUCUACGCCCCCUAUUUAAUAAUCCCCCUCAUACUCCUCCUGUUCAUGCUUCGGAACCCGUACUACAAGUAUGAGGAGAAAAGAAAGAAAAAAUAGGGACGGCCACCAGCCUGGUGGGGAAGACCCCACAGCACAGUUGCCUUUUGGACAACACAGGAAAACUGCCCCAAACAUGUUUCAGCAGCAUUUGAAACACCAACAGCAGUGCAUACAAACAAGACAGUGGUGGGAGACGUGCCAGGCCUUCACCUUUCAGCAGGGGUGUGACCAAGUUACAGCAAAAUGGUGCCAAAGCGCUACCACAGCACUGCUAAAAAGGCCAGGUGGGAAGCCGGUUAGCUCCUGACCUGGAAUGCACACACCUGACCAAGUCCUCACCUCGACCUUGAUAGUCAACAAAUGAGCAGUAUUUUGUCUCUUUAGCACUUUUUAACAUGGUUUCCUGCCCACACCUCCACCUCUGGGAGAAAAAUAUAUUAUAGCCUCACAUGAGUCCAAGCCAGAAAUGGGUUACAGGGAAGGAAGGUGCCUCCAUUUCUAUCUUGAACAGAUAGCCUGCUCUGGGUUAUUCUGGUGCUGGUUCUAUGAACGGCUCUCAUGUCCCUACUCUGGCACCUCACCCCACUGGGCUUCCUAGUACGCAGGCUUGUGAGGGUGACUGGACUGUCCAGUGUAUGUCUGCUGCUUGUUCCACUGACUCUACAGAAACAAAACCCGGUGGGUGCUAGACAGUGCUGGCUCUGCUUGCAAGCCAUGUUGCUGUGGUUGUUACUUAUGUGUCUGGUCCAAAUAAAGGCAGCUGCUGAUUUGUUGUUA